AUGUCGUCGCCCUCCCCCGGGACCACCGAGACGACGACCAGCAGUUACCCGAACGACGAUCCGAACGGCGUGCUUUCGCGGGCGGCCAGCUAUACCGACCUCCCUCGGCAGAGCUCCCGAAUCCGGUCUCCCAGCCCUCCGGCGAACCUUCUCAGACCACGCCGUGCCCACCUUGGCCGAGUCGCCGACGAAAGAAACCGUGGCCGCUGGAAAGGACAUUCUGCGCCGAACCUCCCUUCGCUCGAAGCACAAGGCCGACAAGUCGCCAACCGCCGUCUCGCAUUUCACCCUCUCCUCCUCGGAAGAUCUGAAGGAUCUCGGCUCGCAGGAUGCCGCAACCAAGUACCCCGAGACAAGGGCACCAGAGCCUGUGGCUCGGCCCUCGAAAAGCCGGUCGAUGUCCGGACGAAUAGUCAGCCUGGCACGGAAACCGUGGGGCUCGUCAUCUCGAUCUCCAUCCCCGGCCACCGCGAAGAGGGCAAAGCAAAGGUUGGAAGAGCAAUCUCCGACCCGGCUCGGACAACAGACGGAUGGGACGGACUCGGACUCGUCACAGCCCUCGCGCAAGCGAACCAUUCUAUACAAACGACCCCGGCGUCCAAUGGUUGCCGUGGUGGCAGCUCGCUACGGCACCGAUCCUCCUUUGAGAAGUUCACAGCAUCCCUCUCCGUGUCCACACCGGUUCUUCCACCAAUGCCGAAAGGUGCAGCAGCAACAGCCGCGUCCUUUUCUCAGAAUGCUCACAGUGCUAAUGAUCACUCUCCGCGAAAGAAAGAUGAGCUCUGGGGUAUCUUUCGGGGCCUCGAAGCAGACUUCCAAAAAUUCCAAUCUAAAACGAGCUCGUUGAAAGCAAAUGUCAUUCGCUCCUCCCUCCUCCCAUUUCUCGGCCGUCACCAUUUGCAUGCAUCCUGCAAGAAUCUCCGGCCAGAAGAUCUAGAUCGGCGGGUCAACAUUCUCAAUAGAUGGUGGAUUGGGAUGUUGGAGAUGCUCAAUGGCAAGAACAAUCAAUCGAUUUCGGGCACGGACCGAGCGGUCUUUUUGGAGGCCGUGGUGGGCAUUAUGACCCGCCCAGAAUGGCGUAUCCCGUUCCCAACAGCGCAACAAGAUGGUGGACCUACCGACUCCUUGAAGUAUGCUUCAACCUCAGUUUCAGAAACCUCCGAAGGGUCAGGCUCCUCCGGAUCGGACUUUUUGGUUGAAUCGAUCCAUCACAACAUCCGCAAUAUCUUCGUUCAGAACCUGAUCUCCCAGAUGGCCUUCGUAGUGGAGCGGAUGUCUAUGAGAAAUGCCCCCGCUAGCCUGGUGGUAUUUUGUGGCAAGGCUUGUGCGUACGCCUUCUUUUUCUGCCCAGGAGUUGCAGACAUCUUGGUCCGUCUGUGGAACACUCCACCCACUAUGUUCCGCCGUAUCUUCGCAGAGUCAGCAGAGUCCCGCGCUGGCAACAUGCGAGCCUACACCCACGAGCUUGCCUUGAGCUUUCCAGCAUCACUUCGCCCGUUAGGAUUUCACUCCCAUGCGCCUUUGCUGCGAUAUUUGCGUCAAAAGCCAGAUGCGCCGUUGAAUACCACCAAUAUUCCUUGGCAGGGUCCAUGGAUAGCCCGCUGGUGUGGACGUGACAAGGAUCUGUUCUUCGUGUUUGUGAAAUUUAUCCACAUCCUGUACGCUGAAUAUCUACCCGCAGAAACCCCCAAAGCGAAACGAAUCCUAGCCCCUGGUCUGCUCUUGAUCCACGCACAACUGCUUGUGGCCUUGGAGGAUACUAUUUACAAACAGUCUUCGCACCAACCCGAGCCUUACACAGCUGCAUCCAUCACAUUCGACGACCUAAUUGAGUCCCCAGAUGCUUCUGCCUCAUCCCACCCGCUGGGAGCGGGCAGAAACAGUCACCGUUCGAUGGCAGAGAAUCGGCUAAUCAUGAUUUUACGGGACUUACUUUCCGAAUCGUCCUCAGAGCCCAACCGGGCGCGUUUGCUGUAUGCCGAGACGUUCUGCGGUCUGUUGAAAGUUGCUGCUCAGCGGAUUUCUCUUUUUGAUCACAAUGCAUGCUUCCUAUUGUGUGACUUUGUGGAAGAAGUGAUUCCGAUCAUCACACGAUACGCGCAUUCAAUUGAGACGGAGUUGUUUGAUUGGGGCUUCUGGCUGGAGGUUUGUCGGCAGAUGAUGCAGAGCCAUAACUCACUGACCGAAGUGCGAGUGUUUUCUUUCAUCUAUUGUCUUUGGGGAACCUGGACGUCCACAGAGAAGCGGAAAGCAGAACUAUGUUUAGACUUCCUCUUGCACGAACGGGUGUUCUACUAUUAUUUCAACCACUGGAGUCCGAUGGUGCGCGCCUACUUUCAUCGUGUCCUGUGCUGGAGAGUGGGUCGGUUCAAUGGCGAUCCCUCACCGUUCGACUCAAUCAUAUAUGAGACUCUCUCUGACCGACUCCUGCGAGUGUGGGAGUAUUAUAUCGGAUUUCAGUCGAAGGCCGAAGAGGGGCUCACGGCACCAUUGUCUUCUGCCCCCUGUACGCCAGCGCCAGGCCGAAGAAUCAUCAUUAUUCGAUGUGAUAACCAACUCUCCCCAACGGAUCUCUUCGUAUCCUUUGAUAGAGUCAUUCCUCCAACUCCACCUGAUCAGGUCCGGUCCCAUCGAAGAUCUAGUUCGUCUGAUUCAACCAAUUCCGACGGCCAACCAUCUAAGCGCCGGUGGGGCCUCUUACGUGCUAUGUUUGGCACCUCAUCUGCCAAAUCGGGGGAUAGUGCGGGGGCAGAUAGUAGCUCUGAUGAGUCUGAUAGCGCCACUACCGAUCUGAUCGUGACUCCCGCUACCCGAUGCCUGGAUGACCAUGAACCAACCCCGAACAAUAGCUCGGACGACCUUGUCCGGCCCAAAACACCACACCAACCGUUUUUCUUCAAAUUCUCUCUGGAGUGGAUGGACCGGCCACAAUGGCCGACAAAGAAUAAGCGUCUCUUUACCCCUUGCUUGCCUGUCGCGUCUCAGCUACAUGUGCAGCACCGUCGAUCCCCAACCAAGUCUACUGAGUUUGAUGAUGCAUCCGAAACCAUAGACGAGUCUGACAACACCGGCCACAGGAAUGGGCCUGACGAUUCGAGAGCUGCGACAGACCCAGCGCCAGAAGCACUCUCCGAGAACCAGACCAGACACCCAACUAGCAAGGACUCUCCGCUCCCAGAGCUGCCUUACAAAACUUCUCAUAGCCACCUUGUGGCCAGCAAGUACGCUGGCCGCGCUCUGGCUGAAUGGGCACAUAUUGUUUCCGAGUGCGAUAGCUUCUUCGCACGCCGGCGCGAUGAAGGUGUGCCUACCGAUCGCAUGGUCGAGACUCCAACUCUGGGAGUAGAGAGCUUCCGGAAAUGA